AUAAUCCAUAUGUUUUCACUGUGCACCUUCGGACAUAAAUUACCAAUUCCAUCAGUAUAUUUUUGUUGAAGAGACAAGAAAAGCCUUCAGGCUCUACAAAUUUUCGAGUGAGAUUCUCAGCAAGAUUUGGUUUAGGGUGUAAAUAGUAAAAGAUUUUCCAUUUGAAAGGUGCAGAGAACUGAAAUCACAAUUUGUAGAAUCUCUACUCAGGAAGAGCAAGCAGAGAACAAAAAUGAAGAGAUUUUUCAAGCCUGUAGAAAAAGAUGGCUCUUUCAAGAAACCAACACUGUCCUCUUCCUCUUCACCAGUGAAAGACUCUGAAAAGCCCACAGAAAAUGCUUCUGAUGCUGGAAAUGAAGAGAACAUCGACACCGCAAAGAAAGAGCCUUUAAAAUUCUUGACAUGGAAUGCCAAUAGUUUUCUGCUAAGAAUCAAGAACAACUGGACCGAGUUCUCCAAGUUUGUUGAGAGUCUUGACCCUGAUGUCAUUGCAAUACAGGAAGUUAGGAUGCCAGCUGCCGGUUCUAAGGGAGCAUCCAAAAACCCAAGAGAGUUAAAAGAUGAUACUAGCUCUUCACGUGAGGAGAAGCAGGUUGUAAUGCGUGCUUUAUCAAAUGCACCGUUUAAAAAUUACAAUGUAUGGUGGUCUUUAUCAGAUUCAAAAUAUGCUGGAACUGCAUUGCUUAUAAAAAACUGUUUCCAGCCCAAAAAGGUUUCUUUCUCACUGGAUCAAACAGGUUCAAAGCAUGAACCAGAUGGCCGGGUUAUUUUUGCUGAAUUUGAAUCAUUCCGUCUAUUGAAUACUUAUGUUCCAAACAAUGGAUGGAAAGAUGAGGAAUCCGCAUUUCAGAGGAGAAGAAAGUGGGAUAAGAGGAUUUUAGAAUUUGUGCUCAAAACUUCUGACAAGCCCCUUAUCUGGUGUGGAGAUCUUAAUGUAAGCCAUCAAGACAUUGAUGUAAGUCAUCCAGAAUUUUUCAGCGCAGCAAAGCUCAAUGGUUAUGUUCCACCCAACAAAGAGGAUUGUGGGCAACCUGGAUUUACAGUGUCUGAGAGGAAGCGUUUUGAUUCCAUUCUAAAAGAGGGCAAGCUAGUGGAUGCGUAUAGGUAUCUCCACAAGGAUAAAGAUAUGGAGCGUGGUUUCUCCUGGUCAGGACACCCUGUUGGGAAGUAUCGUGGGAAAAGGAUGAGAAUCGAUUAUUUCAUUGUUUCAGAGAAACUGAAGGAAAGAAUUGUUGCUUGUGAAAUGCAUGGAAGGGGCAUUGAGUUAGAAGGUUUCUACGGGAGCGACCAUUGCCCAGUAUCUCUUGAGCUCUCUUAUGCGAAUCCUAUUUCCAGUGGAAGCUAGUUUUGUUAAUGAUGCACUCAAAAGAAACACUAUCCUUUAUUCCUGAUUGAUUAACACUCUCCGAUAGCAUGACUUCCUUUAUGUGAAUGUAUUAACUGGAAUCUUAGGUGACUGAAUCAGGUUGUACCCUCUAUUGACUGCAUCUAACUACAGGCUUUAUUAGUAGUGAAGAGAAAUGAGUUCCAUUCUUGUUUGUUUCGACGUCCGUCAACCAUGUUUGAGAACGCUUGUGUCGUUACGAGGGGUACAACAUUUUUGUGGA